GCUGUCAAUAUAUUCACAAAAUAUGUUUUUAAUUCUAAUAACCGUAUUUUUAGUUUUAUUUCUUUUAUACGAUAUAUCAUUUCGACUGCGAUACAAAGAAAUAACAAAACUAUCGAAAACAUUACCGGGUCCAAGAUGUUUGCCACUAAUUUCAAAUGCACAAGCAUUAAUUGAAGGACCAGUUGGUUUUAUUAAAGCAUUCACAAAAUGGCAAACAUUGUAUGGUAAUUUAUACCGAUGUUGGGCGAGUUAUAAAUUUUAUGUGUUUGCAUGUCGACCCGAAGAUGUUGAAGAAAUUUUAAAUAAUUGUGUGGAAAAAGAUUAUCAUUUUAAAUUUGUGGAUUAUUGCAUUGGGGAAGGAAUUUUGAUAUCACCAGCAACAAAAUGGAAAUAUUUUCGAAAAAUAAUCCAACCAAGCUUUCAUACAAAGGUUUUAAAUCAAUUUUGUCAUACUAUGGCUCUUCAUGCACAAACAUUAAACAAAAAAUUUCAAAAAUAUGAUGGUUCAGAAUAUUUUGAUUGCUAUAACUCUUUUUUCGCAUGUACUUUAGACACACUUUUUGAGACAAAUUUUGGAGAGAAGAUGAAUUUCCAAAAUGAUUGUAAUUCAAAAUUCAUUGAAUGUUCACGCGGAUUACUAACAAAUAUUGUGCUGUGGAUGGGAAAAUUUUGGUUACAUCCAUAUUUCAUAUUUAAGUUUUCUUCAAUUCGAAAAACGUUGGAUGAUUAUAAACAAAUUAUUAUUGCUACUACAAAAAGAAUUAUUCAAGAAAGAAGUACAGAAAUGAAAGAUAGCCAAAAUUAUUCAAAAGGAAAUCAAGUCCAGAAACCAUUUUUGGAAAACUUAAUUUUGGCAAAAGAAAAUGGUCACAAUGUUUCGGAUUAUAAUAUUGAGUGUGAAGUAAAUUUACUUGCUCUGGCUGGCAGUGAUAGCACAGCGACAGUCAUGUGUUAUGCAUUAAUGUGCUUAGGAGUUGAACAGUCUAUUCAGGAUAAAGUUUUCAAGGAGCUAUAUAAUAUAUUUGGAGAUUCAGAUCGAGAAUGUACACUUGAAGAUGUUAAAAUGAUGAGCUACUUAGAAAUGGUUAUCAAAGAAACAAUGCGAAUAUUUGCUCCAGCUCCAUUAUUAACUAGAAGCAUCACCCAACACGUCAAAUUGGAAUCGGUAACAUUACCACCCGGAACAAACUGUGUUAUUGGUGUAUUACAAAUGCAUCGUUCACAAGAAAUUUAUCCAAAUCCAUUGAAAUUUGAUCCAGAGAGAUUUACACCGGAAGAAAUUGCAAAGCGACAUCCAUCAUCUUUUAUUCCAUUUGGUGGUGGUCCUAGAAACUGUGUUGCCCGAAAAUAUGCAUAUUUGUCAAUGAAAAUAAUUUUAUCAACAGUAUUACGAAAAUAUCGUGUCUAUUCAGAUGUUGAUUUGGGAAAGGUUGAUUUAAAAAUGGAAAUAUUUUUAAAGCCUGUAAAUGGGUAUCGAAUACGCUUGAAAUCUAGAAACAACGAUUAG